AUGAAGCCAGAAGUCGAGCAGGAGCUUGCCCACACACUGCUCGUCGAGCUCCUCGCAUACCAGUUCGCCUCUCCGGUGCGAUGGAUCGAGACCCAGGAUGUCAUCCUGGCCGAGAAGAGGACGGAGCGCAUCGUCGAGGUCGGCCCCGCAGACACCCUCGGUGGCAUGGCCCGGAGGACUCUCGCCUCCAAAUAUGAAGCCUACGACGCCGCCACCUCUGUCCAGCUCAGAUCGCUCAUUGCACAGAAAUUGAAAAAGGGACUGGCCGAUGUGCCCACCACCAAAGCUAUUAAAGAUCUAGUAGGAGGAAAAUCGACACUGCAGAAUGAAAUUUUAGGAGAUCUUGGAAAAGAAUUUGGCUCCACCCCUGAACGGCCAGAAGAUACCCCCCUCGACGAACUCUCCGCCUCCCUCCAGGCUACAUUUAAUGGACAGCUCGGAAAGCAGUCUUCCUCCCUCGUUGCUCGAUUGGUUUCCUCCAAAAUGCCUGGUGGCUUUAAUAUUACUGCAGUUCGUAAAUAUUUAGAAACAAGGUGGGGACUGGGCCCUGGCCGCCAGGACAGCGUCCUCCUCCUUGCUCUCACAAUGGAGCCUCCAUCACGAAUUGGCUCUGAGACAGACGCCAAAGCGUAUCUCGACGACAUUACGAAUAAAUAUGCUGCUCAAGCUGGAAUAACUCUGUCCACAUCAAAGGCUGGCGGCGAUAACGGCGGCGGCUCCGGAGGCAUGAUGAUGGAUCCAGCUGCCAUUGAUGCCCUCACCAAGGACCAGAGAGCUUUGUUUAAACAGCAACUCGAGUCCAUCGCACGAUAUCUUAAACUCGACCUUCGCGCCGGAGAUAAGGCCUUCGUUGCCUCGCAGGAGUCUCAGGCCGCUCUUCAAGCCCAGAUCGAUCUCUGGCAGCUGGAGCACGGCGAGAUCUAUGCCGCUGGCAUCGAGCCUGCCUUCGACGCCCUUAAAGCUAGGGUAUACGACUCGUCCUGGAAUUGGGCUCGACAGGACGCCCUCAGCAUGUACUACGACAUCAUCUUCGGCCGUCUGCGCGUCAUUGACCGUGAAAUCGUCAGCCAGUGUAUCCGCAUCAUGAACCGAUCUAACCCUCUACUCCUGGACUUCAUGCAGUACCACAUUGAUAACUGUCCCACCGAACGUGGUGAAACUUACAAACUCGCCAAGGAGCUGGGAUGCAUGUUGAUCGAGAACUGUAAGGAAGUGCUCAACGUUAAUCCCGUCUACAAGGAUGUUGCCAUCCCCACAGGACCCCAGACAACCGUUGAUGCUCGCGGAAACAUCAAGUACCAAGAAGCCACCCGACCCAGCGCACGAAAGCUAGAGGAUUAUGUGCGCACCAUGGCCCAGGGAGGGCCGAUUUCUCAGUACAGCGGCCGCACUAAGGUGCAGAACGACCUGAAGAAUGUUUAUAAGAUGAUCCAGAAGCAACACAAGCUUUCCAAGGCAUCCCAGCUCCAGUUCAACUCCCUGUACAAGGAGGUCCUACGGACUUUGGCCAUGAACGAGCGCCAGAUCAUGCCACAAGAAAAUGGUCAUGCCAGGAAGGGAACCCCACCAAAUGGUACCCGUUCUCCUUCAGCUACUGCCGGAAAGGUUGAGACGAUCCCCUUCUUGCAUCUCAAGAGAAAGACCACUCAUGGCUGGGAGUACAGCAAGAAGCUGACCGGUAUCUAUCUCGAUGGGCUGGAGUCCGCUGCCCGAGAUGGUCUUACCUUCAACGCCAAGAACGUUCUGAUGACUGGCGCUGGUGCUGGAUCUAUCGGAGCCGCUGUCCUGCAAGGCAUGAUCAGUGGCGGCGCCAAGGUCGUUGUCACUACUAGCCGCUUCUCGAGAGAAGUCACCGAGUACUACCAGACCAUGUACACUCGCUAUGGUGCUCGUGGCUCUCAACUCGUUGUCGUCCCAUUCAACCAGGGAAGCAAGCAGGAUGUCGAGGCUCUUGUUCAAUACAUAUACGACCCCAAGAACGGUCUCGGAUGGGACUUGGACUACAUCGUUCCAUUUGCUGCCAUCUCUGAAAAUGGUCGUGAAAUCGAUUCCAUUGACUCAAAGUCCGAGCUUGCCCAUCGUCUUAUGUUGACCAACAUCGUCCGUAUGCUUGGUGCCGUCAAGGCUCAGAAGCAAGAACGUGGCUUUGCCACUCGUCCAGCUCAGGUCGUCCUCCCCAUGUCUCCCAACCACGGAACCUUCGGAAACGACGGCCUAUACUCCGAGUCCAAACUCGGUCUGGAGACCCUGUUCAACAGAUGGUACUCCGAGAGCUGGUCUGACUACCUCACCAUCUGUGGUGCAGUCAUUGGCUGGACCCGUUCCACCGGUUUGAUGAACGCAAACGACACCAUUGCCGAAGGCGUUGAGAAACUCGGAGUCCGCACCUUCUCCCAGCAGGAAAUGGCUUUCAACUUGCUCGGACUUAUGGCUCCACCUAUCGUCGACCUUUGCCAGAACAACCCUGUCUUUGCUGACCUCAACGGUGGUCUGCAAUUCAUUCCCGACCUCAAUGCAUUGAUGAAGAGAUUGCGCAGUGAGAUUGUUGAAACUAGCACAGUUAGACAGGCCGUCAUGAAGGAAACCGCCCUCGAGAACAAGAUUGUCAAUGGCGAGGAUAGCGAGGCACUCUACAAGAAGGUCAUGACUGAGCCUCGUGCCAAUAUCAAAUUCGAGUUCCCCACCCUGCCCGACUGGAAGAGUGAGAUUGAGCCUCUCAAUGCCAACCUUAAGGAUAUGGUCAAUCUCGACAAGGUCGUCGUUAUCACUGGUUUCGCCGAAAUCGGUCCAUGGGGUAACUCUCGUACUCGUUGGGAGAUGGAAGCCUAUGGUAAAUUCUCUCUUGAGGGUUGUAUCGAGAUGGCGUGGAUGAUGGGUCUGAUUAAGAACCAUAACGGUCCUCUGAAGGGUAAACCAUACUCUGGUUGGGUUGAUACCAAGUCCGGCGAGCCUGUUAGCGACAAGGAUAUCAAAGCCAAGUACGAGAAAUACAUCCUCGAGCACUCUGGUAUCCGUAUCGUUGAGCCCGAGCUGUUCGGUGGGUAUGACCCUAACAAGAAGCAGCUUUUGCAAGAGGUUGUCCUGCAAGAAGAUCUCGACACUUUCGAAGCCUCCAAGGAAACUGCCGAAGAAUUCAAGCGCGAGCACGGCGACAAAGCCGAGAUUUUCGAGAUCAAGGAUUCCGGAGAAUACACCGUCCGCCUGCUCAAGGGUGCGACGCUUCUUAUCCCCAAGGCCCUCAAGUUCGACCGCUUCGUGGCUGGUCAGAUUCCUACUGGCUGGGAUCCUAAGCAUUACGGUAUUCCCGACGACAUCAUCGGUCAAGUUGACCCAGUCACUCUCUACGUUCUGGUCUGCACUGUCGAAUCUCUGCUUGCAUCUGGUAUCACGGAUCCAUACGAAUUCUACAAGUACGUUCACAUUUCUGAAGUCGGUAACUGUAUCGGCUCUGGUAUUGGAGGUGCCCAAGCUCUCCGCGGCAUGUACAAGGACCGCUACCUUGAUAAGCCACUCCAGAAAGAUAUCUUGCAAGAGUCCUUUAUCAACACCAUGAGCGCGUGGGUGAACAUGUUGCUCCUUUCAUCGACUGGUCCUAUAAAGACUCCUGUUGGUGCUUGUGCUACCGCUGUUGAAUCCGUUGAUAUUGGAUACGAGACUAUUGUUGAAGGCAAAGCUCGUGUUUGCUUCGUCGGUGGCUUCGAUGAUUUCCAAGAAGAAGGCUCGUACGAGUUCGCCAACAUGCGCGCCACUAGCAACGCAGAAUUGGAACUUGCUCACGGCCGAACUCCCCAGGAGAUGUCUAGGCCCACCACCACUACCCGUAGCGGCUUCAUGGAGUCUCAGGGUUGUGGUAUGCAAUUGAUCAUGACCGCCCAGCUAGCUUUGGACAUGGGUGUCCCUAUCUACGGUAUUCUCGGUCUCACCACCACCGCCACCGAUAAGAUUGGUCGUUCCGUCCCAGCUCCUGGAAAGGGUGUCUUGACCACUGCCCGUGAGAACCCAGGCAAGUUCCCAUCGCCGCUGCUCGACAUCAAAUACCGACGCAAACAGUUGGAAAUGCGCCGUCGCCAGAUCCGUGCAUGGCGUGAAUCCGAGAUUCUCGGCCUCCAGGACGAAAUCGACACGCUCAAAGCCCAAUCCGAUGAGACGUUCAAUGCCGCUGAAUACCGACAAGAGAGAUUCGACCAUAUUGAGCGCGAGGCCGUCCGACAAGAAAAAGACGCCGCGUUCAACCUUGGUAAUAACUUCUGGAAGCAGGAUUCUAGAAUAUCCCCCAUGCGAGGUGCCCUCGCUACUUGGGGCCUUACUAUCGAUGAUCUUGACGUGGCUUCCUUCCACGGUACUUCAACUGUUGCCAAUGACAAGAACGAGUGUGACGUGUUGUGUCAGCAGAUGAAGCAUCUUGGCCGAAAGAAGGGUAACGCCCUCCUGGGUAUCUUCCAGAAGUACCUCACUGGCCAUCCCAAGGGUGCUGCUGGUGGCUUCAUGAUCAACGGAUGUCUACAAGUGCUCAACUCUGGCCUUGUCCCCGGCAACCGUAACGCUGAUAACAUUGACAAGAUCAUGGAGAAAUUCGACUACAUUGUCUACCCCAGCCGCAGUCUGCAGACUGACGGCAUCAAGGCCUUUUCUGUGACAUCUUUCGGUUUCGGUCAAAAGGGAGCCCAAGCCAUCGGUAUCCAUCCCAAGUACCUGUACGCCGCUCUAGAUGAGUCUCGAUACAACGCGUACAAGACCAAGGUCGAGGCCCGCCAGAAGCGCGCAUACCGAUACUUCCACAACGGGAUGAUCAACAACACUCUCUUCGUCGCCAAGGACAAAUCGCCAUACGAAGAUAACCAGGAGUCAAGCGUCUACCUCAACCCCGAUGUCCGUGUCGAGUACAACGAGAAGGAAUCCAAGCUCCAGUACCCUGUCGACCCACAGGCAAAGGCCACAAUCCAAAUUAGCAAGGCCGAAAGCACGAUGAGGAUGGUCGAGACCCUGGCCAAAGCUACAGUGACAGGCAACACCAAGAUUGGCGUGGAUGUCGAGGACAUCGAGACGUUCAACAUCGACAACGAGACGUUUGUGGAGCGCAACUUCACCAAGAGGGAGAAGGAGUACUGCAUGCAGGCAGGCUCUCCACGAGCCUCGUUUGCUGGACGAUGGAGUGCAAAGGAAGCCGUCUUCAAGUCACUAGGUGUUCGUGGCAAGGGCAGCGGCGCUCCUCUCAAGGAGAUUGAGAUCAUUCACGAUGAGAACGGAGCUCCGGUUGUUGUUCUACACGGUGAUGCCGCCUCGGCAGCUAAGGAGGCUGGAGUGAAGGAGGUGCAUGUUAGCAUCACCCAUAGCGAUGCCCAGGCUAUCUCUAUUGCGCAGUCUCACUUCUAA